UGUUUGAUCUCUUUUCCUCUGGGCUGUAAUGAUGGACGGCAAGGCUGAUCUGGUAGCUCCUUUGAAUCAAGAAUCCCUUACUCCUCAACUAAACAAGAUUUCUGCAGAGGUUACAAGUCCCAAAAGACCAUCCAAAGCCAAAAGAAGAUUAAAUUUCUGUGAUAGUUAUGUAAAGAAAAAGAGAAAACCCAAGUCACAAACAAAAACACUUGAGACAGCAAAGAAGCAAAAGGUUGAUGUGCCAGUCCAAAAAAAUGAUGGCUUUGCAAUACCUGAUGAAUGCAGUAUCAAGGUUGAAGCACCAGUUAGCUUCUCAACUGGUGAUCUAGUGUGGGCCAAGCUCAAAGGAUUUGACUGGUGGCCAGGAAAGGUGGUGUCUUAUCUGGAGGCUCGCCGUUCUGCACCAAAUCCAGGAAGCCACUGGAUUAAGUGGUUUGGAGACAGCAAGUUUUCACAGGUUCUUCACACAGUCGUGCGGCCAUUUCACGAAUUCAACUCCAAAUACAAUCCUUCUAAGAUGAGAGGGCUGUACAAGAAAGCUGUUUAUGAAGCCUUAGAGUUUGCAGCCAAGCGAUCCAAACGAGCCUUCACCAAAUCAGACAUGACGAUCAAGGCAACAAAGAAAAAGCGUGUUAAGAACAAGAAACAAAGGCAACAAUGCGAAGAACCAUCAACAAACUUGACCAGCAAGAAUGACGAUGAACCCUUGACCGAGGAAGAAUAUCGAGAAGUGAUAGUGGACUGGGCUCUGGGUGGAUUUCUACCCAGCGGACCUCUUGGGUUUGCACCAACAGAAGAGGAGAUGAACGUUCGAUGCUCAGUAAUACCAUCUGAUAGCGAUGAAGAUGAUGAUGCUGAUGAUGAAUCUGACGGAGCAGACAAGUCAAAGGUUCGCUUUGGUAAACCAGUUAACGAACCAAACCUCGCCAGUGAUGUCAAAGCAUUAUUUGAUGAAGUAUUGGACGGAAAACGGAAGCUAGAAGAAAUAUGUUUAGGUUGUGGGGAUCUCAAAGUCUGUGCCAAACAUCCAUUGUUUGAGGGCGGCCUCUGUAAAGAAUGCAAACAAACGUUUCUUGAAUGUUCAUAUCUCUUUGAUGGUGAUGGAUAUCAGAAGGAACAGGCCGUUUGUUUUUUGAGUUCUUUCGGCUCGUUAUGUGUGGCAGACCAGAUGGCGGUUCAUCUCGUCCCUUUUUCUGGCUUUUUGAGAAUGUUGUGGGAAUGAGAGCUGUUGAUAAAAAGACUAUAUCAAGAUUCCUACAAAGCAACCCAGUGGUGGUUGAUGCUAGAGAUGUGUCUCCAGCCCACCGCGCGAGGUACUUCUGGGGAAACUUACCAGGCAUGAACAGACCCACGAGACCAGUCGCUGGCGAUAAGCUGACGCUUCAAGAAUGUUUGGAACCAAACUGUGGAAGAAAGGCCAGGUUUACAAAGGUUCAAACAAUCACUACCAAUGCAAACUCCCUGAGACAAACAAAGAAGAACUUGCUCCCUGUGGUAGUCAGUGACCGCGAGGGCAUGGAGCGGGAAGAUAUUUUGUGGUGUACGGAAAUGGAGAG